GUGGUUGUUUUUCCCUCGUCAGGGUCUGUGAUGCAGUCCCAGUCCGCGGGGAUGGUUGUUCCCUUGUUUACAGGUUCCAACUCUCUGGUAUUUGACUUUUUUUUUUUUUCCGUAUUUUUAUAGAAAAAUGGAAAUCGCCACCCCCCCGACGUCAAAGUGCAUCAUAUACUGGAAAAGAAAAGUCAAGUCUGAAUACAUGCGUCUGCGGCAGCUCAAGAGGUUUCAGGCGAACAUGGGCGCCAAGGCUCUGUUUGUGGCCAACUUUGCCAAGGUUCAUGAAAAGACUCAAAUUCUGAAUGAAGACUGGAAGAAGCUUCGAGUCCAGCCAGUGCAGUUGAUGAAGCCGGUCAGCGGGCACCCAUUCCUAAAGCAGUGCACUGUGGAGAGCAUUUUCCCGGGGUUUCCGAGCCAGACGCUGUACAUGAGGACCCUGAACACAGUGGCACUGGUGCCCAUUAUGUACUCCUGGUCCCCUCUUCAGCAGAAUUUCAUGGUGGAGGAUGAAACUGUUCUGUGCAAUAUCCCUUACAUGGGAGAUGAGGUGAAGGAAGAAGAUGAAACUUUCAUUGAAGAGCUUAUUAAUAACUAUGAUGGGAAGGUUCAUGGAGAGGAAGAAAUGAUUUCAGGGUCAGUCCUCAUCAGCGAUGCUGUGUUCCUGGAGCUAGUGAAUGCCCUGAAUCAGUACUCGGAUGAGGAAGAGGAAGGACACAAUGAUUCUGAGGUUAAACAGGAGGAUGGCAAAGAGGAGCUGCCAGUCACAAGGAAAAGAAAGCGAAUUGCAGUGGAAGGUAACAAGAAGUGUUCGAAGAAGCGGUUUCCAAAUGACAUGAUAUUCACUGCUAUUUCUUCUAUGUUUCCUGAAUAUGGCUUCCCAGAUGAUAUGAAAGAGAGGUACCGGGAGCUGACGGAAGUGUCGGACCCCAACGUGCUGCCGCCUCAGUGCACUCCCAACAUAGACGGGCCGUGCGCGAAGUCGGUGCAGCGGGAGCAGUCCCUGCACUCCUUCCACACCCUCUUCUGCCGCCGCUGCUUCAAAUACGACUGUUUUCUGCAUCGUAAGUGCAGUCUCGGCCGGACGCUUCCCUAGAGCCCUUUUCUCCUCAUUUUUCCUCAGUGCUUCGUACCUCUGUACACCUUGCUUAGUGUCUGUGCUGCAGCUUUAGAGGGUGGUGCCUCCCCGGCGUUGGCAGUGGAGCCUUAGGAGCUGACAGGUGCCCAGAAGCCUUUUGUAAAGAUGGCUCCACUCAUUUCCUCACACGGAUGGUAAAACGACCUGCCUGGCCAUCCCCUUUCUCACCACUGUUCAGCACGCUGCGUUCCAGCCUCCAGGCAGUUUGUGCUAGAAAUACUGCUGCGACUAGACUUUGCCCUUGCUUUGCAGAAGCUCAUCAGGGAAAGGCAUGAAUGUUUCAUUUCCAAAGUCUGGACUUGCCCCUGUGUUUUGUUGCCUCACUGGAACUUACAGCUUCAUCUUAGUCAUGUUCCCGCGGUUUGUCCUGCCAAAGCCUUUUGGAUACUGCUUAGCUGUUGGACCUGCUGUUUCCCAGGUCUGAGGGCUUCCUUGGAAAGUCACAGGACUCUUUCCAGUCAAUUAUUUAUUAAAAGAUAUAAUAUUAAGAU